AUGCCUAUUCAUAUCUAUCUAUCGAUCUAUCUAAGCCUGUUCGUAUCUAUCUAUAGAUCUAUCUAUCUAAGUCUGUUCGUAUCUAUCUAUCUAUCGAUCUGUCUCACACUGUUCGUAUCUAUCUAUCUAAGCCUGUUCAUAUCUAUCUAUCUAUCUAUCUAUGCCUAUUCAUAUCUAUCGAUCUAUCUAUGCCUAUUCAUAUCGAUCUAUCUAAGCCUGUUCGUAUCUAUCUAUCUAUCUAUCUAUCUAUCUAUCUAUCUAUCUAUCUAUCUGUCUCACACUGUUCGUAUCUAUCUAUCUAAGCCUGUUCGUAUCUAUCUAUCUAAGCCUCUUCCCUGUUCGUAUCUAUCUAUCGAUCUAUCUAAGCCUGUUCGUAUCUAUCUAUCGAUCUAUCUAUCUAAGUCUGUUCGUAUCUAUCUAUCUAUCGAUCUGUCUCACACUGUUCGUAUCUAUCUAAGCCUAUUCAUAUCUAUCUAUCGAUCUAUCUAUGCCUAUUCAUAUCUAUCUAUCGAUCUAUCUAAGCCUGUUCGUAUCUAUCUAUCGAUCUAUCUAUCUAAGCCUAUCGUAAAAGUUUUCGGCAAAAACGAUAAAUCUAUCUAUCUAUCUAUCUAUCUAUCUAUCUAUCUAUCUAUCUAUCUCUUCAGCACUUUUCAUUCAUCUAUCUAUCUAUCUAUCUAUCUAUCUAUCUAUCUGUCUCUUCAGCACUUUUCAUCUAUCUAUCUAUCUAUCUAUCUAUCUAUCUAUCUAUCUAUCUAUCUAUCUAUCUGUCUCUUCAGCACUUUUCAUCUAUCUAUCUAUCUAUCUAUCUAUCUAUCUAUCUAUCUAUCUCAGUCUCUUCAGCGCUCUCUCUCUCUCUAUCUAUCUAUCUAUCUGAUUCUUCAUCUCUCUAUUUAUCUAUCCAUCAAAAUUGUCCACUAA